AAUGAAUUAUACAUAUUUUGAGCAACUAUUGAAAUUGAAUUGUGGCAAAAUUAUCAAGUUCAUUUCAGUGGCCAUUAUACUAGUGGCCAUCUAUUGGGCACCGGUAGCUGAUUAUAUGAUUGAUGGUCUAAAAUAUUUACCAGGGUACUAUCAUCAUCUGGAUACAGUUAGAAAUACAGUAGAGGUUAUCGAGUCACGUGGUUUUAAAUGUCAAACACAUUAUGUAGAGUCGGGUGACGGCUAUAUUAUAGCCGUUCAUCGUGUAGUUAAUCCCUAUGUUAAGGACAGGGAUCGAACCCAAUUGAAACCGGUAUUACUUCAGCACGGCUUUCAAAGUUCGUCGAAAGGUUGGGUAAUUACAUCCGAUGGACAACUAGACCCGUCGGAUGGUAUUUAUCGUGAACCGGGCGUUACGGAUGCUGAUGGUGGUGAUGGUGAUGGUCAACAAGUGGCCAAUACAUUGCCGUUUUUGUUGGCCACCCGUGGCUAUGAUGUCUGGCUGUCCAAUAUGAGAGGCAAUGUCUAUGCACUCAAUCAUACUGUACUCAGUAGCGAUGACACAGAAUUCUGGAAGUUUUCCAUCGAUGAGAUGAUUGAAUACGAUUUGACAGCAAUUAUAUCACAUAUACUAAAGUCGACCGAAAAAAAAACCCUUGGCUAUAUCGGUCACAGUAAGGGUACGAUUAUGAUGUUUGGUUUAUUAGCCUCUAAGCUAGAGUACAAUCAAUUGGUUAAACCAUUUAUAGCCCUAUCACCAGUAUCAUUUUUAGGCCACUCGACUACACCAUUGCUAUUUAUGACACAUUUUGAACCAUUGUAUCGAUCAUAUCCAACAUCACUGUUACAUUUGGGUAAAUUGCAACAAUUUUACGCACAGUUAUGCGAAAACUGGUAUAUGCAACGUGUUUGUCAUAAAAUAUUUUACCUAAUAUUUGGUUUCGGUGAACAACAUUUUGAUUAUUCUAGAAUCGGACCCUAUCUAUCGACAGUACCUAACGGUGCGGGUACCUGGUCGGGUACACAUUUAUUGCAAAAAUUCAUAACCAAACGUCCGACCAAAUUCAAUUUCGGUGAACCGGGCAAUCGGGUUAGGUAUGGCCAACCGGUACCACCCGAAUACAAUCUAAGCUCCAUUACAUCCCCGAACAUAGCGCUUAUCUAUGCGGCCAGCGAUUGGCUCAACGAUCCGAAAGAUAUAGCUAUAUUGAAACAAACACUUAAAGUAAAACUAUUGGACGACUAUCUGGUACCCGACCCUACAUGGAAUCAUAUGGAGCUAAUGUGGGCCCGGGAUGUAGGAAAGUUGGUCAAUAAAAAAAUACUUGAAUUGCUUGAUAAAUAUUAAAUAUUAAUAUAUAUAUAUAUAUA